CGGUAAAGCAGCGCCAUGGCACGGGAGAACGGAGACACCGGCAGAGGAGAGACGUGGAAAAAACAAGUCGACGACAUCAAGAAGAUUUUUGAUUUUAAAGAAGUCCUCGGCACAGGAGCGUUUUCCGAGGUGGUCCUGGCUCAGGAGAGGCUGACCGGCCGGAUGUUUGCGGUGAAGUGCAUCCCUAAAAAAGCUCUGAAGGGGAAGGAGAGCAGCAUCGAGAACGAGAUCGCCGUGCUGAGGAAGAUCAAGCAUGAGAACAUCGUGGCACUGGAGGACAUCUACGAGAGUCCUGACCACCUCUACCUGAUAAUGCAGCUGGUGUCCGGCGGCGAGCUGUUCGACCGAAUCGUUGAAAAAGGUUUCUACACGGAGAAGGAUGCGAGCACGCUGAUCCGACAAGUCCUGGACGCUGUGAACUACCUGCACAAGAUGGGCAUCGUACACCGAGACCUGAAGCCGGAGAACUUGCUGUACUUUAAUCCUCAAGACGAGUCAAAAAUCAUGAUCAGCGACUUUGGUCUUUCCAAGAUGGAGGGCAGCGGUGACGUCAUGUCCACUGCCUGCGGCACGCCGGGAUAUGUGGCUCCGGAGGUUCUUGCCCAGAAGCCGUACAGUAAGGCUGUGGACUGCUGGUCCAUUGGAGUGAUCGCCUACAUCCUGCUGUGUGGUUACCCUCCGUUCUACGACGAAAACGACUCCAAGCUGUUCGAACAGAUCCUGAAGGCCGACUACGAGUUUGACGCACCGUACUGGGACGACAUAUCGGACUCAGCCAAGGAUUUCAUCAGCAGCCUGAUGGAAAAAGAUCCAACCAAGCGCUUCACCUGUGAACAGGCACUCAGACACCCCUGGAUCGCCGGGGAUACAGCACUCUGCAAGAACAUCCAUGAGUCAGUCAGCCGGCAGAUCAGAAAGAACUUCGCCAAGAGCAAAUGGAGGCAAGCAUUUAAUGCCACCGCCGUGGUCCGGCACAUGAGGCGGCUGCAGCUUGGCAGCAGCAUGGGGAGCAGCAUGGACGCCUCCAACCCGCCGACCAGGCCGAGCCAGACGCAGAAGCCGGCCCAGGCGGGCCAGAACCAGCCGGCUCAGAGCGCGAACACCGGCCAGGCGGCGCAGAGCCAGAGCGCCAAUGCGGCCGCCAGCAAAGCCUCAUCAGUAGAUAACAACAUAGCAGCUCCUCGCAAGGAAUGUGUAACUGCGCCCGUCACACCCUGCAGUCUGGCGUCCGCAGCUUCUUCUCCCACCGCGGGCGCAGAGCUGAACCGGCCACAUCCCUCCGCAGUUCCCGCGCCGGUGCUCACGGAGACCAAGUGA